AUGGCGUCAUGUUAUCUUGAAUCACUUAACUAUGUUCUAGCCUCCACCGUUUUCCAAGGGGUGAGAUCAAAGCUAGAUACCGAAGUUUCUCUCUCCGGCAGAAACUGUCUGUUAAUUGAGAUCAGUGGUUUUCUUGAACACUUCAUCUCCUUCGUAUCAACAAUAUGGGAUAUAUUUAGGGCAUUCUCUUGCCCAUCAGCUGAUCUUUUCUUGUUGUGCAAACAACGUGCAUCAUUAAAUCUAAGAACCAAGCUUACAGAACCGGCGUCCCUGACCAAUUUCAUCUUGGCUGAACACACUUGCAAAUCAAUUUAUGCGGUAGAUACGAUGCUUGAAGAACUAAAUUCACUUGUUUUUGAUGAUUUUAGUCAAUUCAUGUCUAGUAUCGGUACUAAGCUGUCUGUUGAGGGUCUCCUCUGUGGAGACCUCUCAAGAGAAGAAGCUGAUGAAGUCUGUGAGAUGAUUUCUGUUAUUGAAACAUCACCUCUGAUAGCUUCUAAAGAUGGUAGACGUGAUGAUAUACCUUUACCCGAUCAUGAUAUGAAUGUUUGUGCUAGGAAAAUAUCCGACACCAAUUUUGUUGCGAAUGUAUGUUAUCAAAUUGGAGAGAAACGACAUAUUGCAAUGGAUACUGCACUUUUACGUUUGUUCUCUUCUUUUAUAGAAAACGACAUCGUUUUAAAGCUAAGGUAUCAAAAGAAUCUUGGUUAUGCAGUUUCUGCUCAAACUGAUGACGAGGGCAAGAUAAUUUAUUCCUUCUGCGUAGUGUCCUGUGAUUACAACCAUGAGGUUCUGUUGGCGAAUAUAGAAGAGUAUGUGAGGAGCGUACGUCUCUUUUUGGAAAGUGUCGACUCUUCUGUUUUUGAAAAACACAAGGCAGGCAUCCAAUUUUUUGGAGAAGUGGAAUCUUUGUGGGAACAGCUUUCUGAGGAGGAUAGAUCCGAUGAUUUCGAGAUGUCUGUUAAAAAUUGCAUGAAAGAUAUAAGUAAGGACGAUGUGAUCAAAUUCUACACGAAAUGGUUCCUACCACCAGCUCGCCCAUUUGCUAUAUGCAUCUGGGGCUGCCAAUUCCGUGAGGAGUAUUGGAAUUCGAAGUAG